GUAAGACGCCAGCUGUUGUCAUGUUGAGCUAAUCCCUAUAUCAGUCUCGUUGUUUUGCUCCCAAUAGAACCACGAAUGGCGAGAAAAACACAUUGUCAACUACACAGUGUAUAGUUGAACGUUUGCAGCAACACGUACAACUCGAAAGCAAACGCAUCAUAUCCGCACCCUCAUAUCGGAGGACGCCGUGCUUCCCCCGCCUCUGUGACCCAGAAACAGCCCAUCUUCCGCGGAUGGAGAAGCAAAGCGCCGGCAUGGCGGACGGAGCAGGCGGUAACAAAAAGCCAUGGAGCUCGCCGAGCAGCGCACCAGUCAGUGGAGAAAGCCUGGAAAGUCCAUCAGGUUCUCAUGUGGAGUGGUGCAAACAGCUGAUGGCAGCCACCAUCUCGAGUCAGAUUUCAGCUUCAGCUGACCUCAUCAAUAGAGACAAGGAUUCACUGGAUGAAGGCCUUUGUUACCAUGGAGAGACUGACUCUGAGCAUCCCUCCGAUGCUUUGAACCUUCCGGCUCUAAGAUACGGUGCCCGAGUCAGAAUGCUCCAGAAUCAGGUUCCUCUGCUACCAGGGGAGAACAUUCAGACUGCAAUCCAGGACGUGAUGUACAUUUGUCCAUUCAAUGGUCUUCUCAAUGGAACACUGACCAUCACAGACUACAAGCUCUACUUCAGCAGCAUGGAAAGGGAAUCUCCAUUUGUUCUUGAUGUCAACCUGGGAGCCAUCAGCCGCUUGGAGACCAUCAGCAUACCCAACCAAGGCGAGAAUACUAAAGGGCUGGAGCUGGUCUGCAAGGACAUGAGGAGUCCCAGGUUUGCCUACAAGACAGAGAUGAGUCUUCCGGAUGUGGUGGACAUGCUCGCCAAACUUGCGUUCCCUCUUUCACACAGCCUGACGUUGUUUGCCUUCCAGUACAAGGAGCAGUUUCCUGUGGACGGCUGGAAGGUGUAUGAUCCUGUAGCAGAGUACAGACGUCAGGGUCUCCCUAAUGAGAGCUGGACUAUCAGUAAGGUCAACAGCACCUACGAGCUGUGUGACACCUACCCCUCUGUACUGGUCAUUCCCACUAACAUCACUGACGACGACAUCAAGCGAGUGGCUGCCUUCCGAGCCAAGCAUCGCAUUCCGGUCUUAUCCUGGAUCCACCCCGAGUCCCAGGCUACCAUCGUGCGCUGCGGCCAGCCUUUAGUCGGACCCUCAGACCGCCGCUGCAAAGAGGACGAGCACUUGCUCCAAAUCAUCAUGGACGCCAACGCUCAGUCCCACAAGCUCAGCAUUUUUGACGCCCGCCAUUGCAGCGUGGCAGACACCAACAAAACCAAAGAUGGCGGCUAUGAAAGUGAGAGCUUUUACCCCAGCGUGGAGCUUAACUUCCUGGAGAUCCCCAACAUCCACGUAAUGCGUGAGUCUCUGAGGAAGAUGAAGGAUGUGUUGUACCCCACCAUCGAUGAAGCCCACUGGCACUCCAAUAUCGACCAGACUCACUGGCUGGAGUACAUAAGGCUCCUGUUAGCCGGAGCAGUCAAGAUAGCCGACAAGCUGGAAUCCGGGAAGACAUCUGUGGUGGUCCACUGCAGCGACGGCUGGGAUCGAACAGCGCAGCUCACUUCUCUGGCCAUGCUCAUGCUGGACGGACAUUACCGCACGCUGAGAGGCUUCCAGGUUCUGCUGGAGAAAGAGUGGAUCAGUUUUGGACACAAGUUUUCUGCUCGUGUGGGUCACGGUGACGAGAACCAUGCCAAUUCUGAGCGUUCACCUCUCUUCGUCCAGUUCAUUGACUGCGUCUGGCAGAUGACUCGACAGUUCCCAGCAGCCUUUGAGUUCAACGAGCUGUUCCUGGUCACGGUGCUGGACCACCUCUACAGUUGUCUUUUUGGGACCUUCGUGUUUAAUAGUGAACAGGAACGUACGGCCAAGGAAGUCCACACCAGGACGGUGUCUUUAUGGUCCUACAUUAACAGCCAGCCGGAGGAAUUCACCAACCCCUUCUAUGUAGACUACCAGCACCAUGUUCUUUAUCCGCUGGCCUCCUGCAGACACCUGGAGCUGUGGAGCACCUACUACGCCCGCUGGAACCCCAGCAUGAGGCCACAGGUGCCGGUGCAUCAGACUCUGAAGGAUCUGCUCUUCUUGCGGGCAGAACUUCAGCGCAGGGUAGAGGACCUGCAAAGGGAGACCUCCACCCAUUCGCGGUCCCCUGCCUCUGAACACUCCCCGACGCACGCCACGGGGACGCCACUGCAUACUGUUGUCUGAUGUACACACACACACACACACACACACACACACACAUACCUGUAUAUGCAUGAACUGUAAAUAUGAGGGAGGCUUUGCUCUGAGUUUAAACCACAUUUAAUGUGGGUCCUUCUUCACUCAUUUCCAUCACUGUCACUGUAAUUAUUUGACUACAAUGUGCCCUUUAAUGUUUUUUAAAUUUAAAUUUGUGCUUAGUUAUUUCUGUGCCAAGCGAUAACAUGAUGUAAAUAGUAAACACACUUUCAAUUCAGUUCAUUGUUGUCUUGACCCCGUGAGCUUUAUUUCUCUCUGAACCCAUAAGAAGCCGAAACACUUUUCAUGUCUUAAAAUGUGCCUUAUACAGCUAGAUUUGUGAAAAGUCAUCGAGUGGUGCAAAUGAAACCAUUUAGAGGGGUUAUCGUGAGACGCUCAUGUCACAUCCCCAAAAUAACAAUGUGUUGGCUAACAAGCUGUUUCACAAAACCACAUUUUUUUGCUAUUAAAGCUUUUUUUAUUUUUUAAAGCCACGGCACUUAACAAUUCUAAUGCUUUAAUGUGUUUUCAAAUAUUCUAAUACAACAUUUUUUACAC